UCUGAAGUGUGUGAUUGAGUCUCACAGUAACUGGAGAUAUGAGUGGUAUAAAGGCACAGACAAUGUAAUGUUACAGAUGUCUGAGCGUUACACUGUAAAUGGAGACACUCUCAGUAUUGUAAAAGCUGUUUCAGCUGAUCAGGAUCAGUACUGGUGUAAAGGACAGCGAGAUGGAAAACCAAACUCAUCACAUCUUAGCUCUGCUGUUUAUUUCUAUGUAAAAGAGAGACCAAAACCAGUAGUGAAGGUGACUCCAGAUCAGCGUGUGUUCAGAGGAGAGACAGUCACUCUCACAUGUGACAUACAGAGAGGAAACAUUCAGUGGACAUACAGCUGGUUUAAAGAUGGUUCAGUCAUCAGACGCGUCACUGAGAGAGUCUACACCAUCACAUCUGUGUCUGAUAAUAGUGGUGAAUACAGCUGUAGAGGAGAGAGAUCAGACUCACAGAGAUCAGACACCAGUGCUGCUGUUACACUGACUGUAUCAGAUUUAUCCAGAUCUACACUGACUGUAACUCCAGACAGUCCUGUAUUCACUGGAGAGACAGUCAAUCUGAAGUGUGUGAUUGAGUCUGACAAUAACUGGAGAUAUGAGUGGUAUAAAGGCAGCUACAGAGUAAUGUCACAGACGUCUGAGCGUUACACUGUAAACAGAGACACUCUCACUAUCAGAGGAGCUACUACGUCUGAUCAGGAUCAGUACUGGUGUAGAGGACAGAGAAAUGAAAGACCAAAAUCUUCACACUCAAGCUCUGCUGUUUAUCUCACUGUGAUGGAUUUCCCCACAUCUACACUGACUGUGACACCAGACAGUCCUGUAUUCACUGGAGAGACAGUCAAUCUGAAGUGUGAGAUUGAGUCUUACAAUAACUGGAGAUGGAGAAAUGACAGGACAUACGGCUGGACAUCUGACUGGACACCUGACUGGAGAUAUGAGUGGUAUAAAGGCACAGACAGUGUAAUGUUACAGCCGUCUGCGCAUUACACUGUAAACAGAGACACUCUCACUAUCAGAGGAGCUACUGAGUCUGAUCGGGAUCAGUACAUGUGUAAAGGACAGAGAGAUGAAAAACCAAAAUCAUCUCUCUCAAGCUCUGCUGUUUCUCUCACUGUGACGGAUCCGAAGCCAAAGCCUGAACUCAUGCCAGAUGCUGCAGGAGCUGCACUGACAGGAAACACAGUGACUUUGACCUGUCACAUGGAUCUGUCCCCUGGAUGGGACUUUUACUGGUACGAACACACACUGAACUCUGAGACAAAGAAGACAAAAACAAACUACUACAGAGUGAAGAUUGAUUCAGUGUCUGAUGGAGGCCAGUACUGGUGUAGAGCUGGAAGAGGGAAACCAGUCUACUACACACAAUACAGUGAUGCACUGUGGGUAAAUGUUACAGUGAGUCCUAAAGCUGUGGUGACGGUACGGCCUGAUGAACGAGUGUUCAGAGGAGAAACAGUCACUCUCAGAUGUGAUAUAAAGUGGGGAGGAGACACUGAGUGGACGUACAGAUGGGAAACAGAGGGAACAAACUACCAACAUAAAAACUCUGUCAGUCGAAUCUCAACACAAGAGUUGAACAUCAGGAGUGUUGAUCACUUUCACAGCGGUAAAUACACCUGUACAGGACAGAUGGGAACACAAAGCUCUCAGCGCAGUGAUGCUGUUACACUGACUGUAUCAGCUGAAGCUCAGGCAGCAGUGCGAGCGUCUCUACAGCCGUGGCUGAAUGAAGGAGACUCAGUGACUCUGAUCUGUGAGGUUACAGGCUCCUCUACAGGCUGGACGUUCAGCUGGUUCAGAGAUGAUGAUCAUCUGUCCGACAGCAGCAGAGGAGCUGGAGGCUCUUACACUCUCAGUCCUGCUGCUCUACAGCACACAGGAGUUUAUACGUGCAGAGCAGAGAGAGGACGACCGGCCUAUUACUCAAAGAACAGUAACACACAGCCACUGUGGAUCACUGUGUCAGGUUCAGGUCAGAUUUCUGUCUUCAACAUCCUCAGUUUUAUUCUGGCAGCUUGUCCGUAUCUGCUGGCGACAGUUGUGCUGCUUUUCAAAUGCUACAGAGCGAGAGGUAAAACUUCUGACUGA